UUUAAAACGCGCUCUUUUUGACAUCUUUUCCCGCGCUUUUGAGGUUGAGAGUACGCAAGAAGAUGAAAUUCCGGGCAGUUAUCCGGGGUUCAGGGUGUAUGAGAGAUUUUUUGAAUAUCGUGACGACUCUCUCAAAAUGUGGCAGGGAUGUGAUUUUCAAUGCUCGUCCGGACAGCGUGAUUGUGGCUGUUAAUGUGGAUUCUGCCCUCACGGGGCUCCAGCUGUGGUGUGACAUUGACCGGGAAGCCUUCUUCGAUGAGUACAGCAUGCAGGGCCUCUCGGACACCCACAAUGAGAUCAUUCUGGAGAUGAAAUCUGCAAGUUUUGUCAGGGCUCUGAGCGGCAUCAGCCGGACGACUUCCUCAUCUUUCGUCAAACUGAAGCUGAUGAACAAGAACAUGGCCAGUCUGUGCGUGGAGAUUGAGGUGCCAUCGAGUGUGCCUUCGAGAAGCUGCCCAAUAAGCCAUGAUGUUCCUGUUACGGUUGUUUCCAGGAAAGAGUGGAAUCGAUAUAAACUGCCCAGAUUGCCGGAUUUUGAGAUGAUUCUCGGGGUGCCGAGUGUGAAGUUCUUCAAGCACAUCAUUGAGACUAUGAAGACUUCAUCGCCGAUCAUCGAAGUCUGCACGGUGAAGGAUGGGACGGUUUCUUUCAUUAUGGAGUCCACAAUGGCCAAGAUCUCCUGCCAUUGCAGGGAUCAGGCAGUGCAUUGCGAGGGAUCCCAGGAGGAGCUUUCCUGCAAAAUUGAAUCCAAGAGACUUGCUCUUUUCCUCACCAACAGCCCUUUUAUCUCUUCCAGAAUGCGCUGCAGCAUCAGUCCUGACCAUUUGGUGAGAUUCGAAGUAGAAGUUCAGAAGAAAGUCAUCAUGACCUGCAUCAUCCCUUCGAGCUGUGAUUGAGAAAACUCCCGGAAAUUUUCAAAUAAUUGUAAUAAAAGAUUCCAAGCAA